GUGAUCUAUGCUUGUCAAAUAAGCGCAAACUGAACGAUCCCACCCCCGAGGAGUGCUGCCUGUACACGGUGGUAAGGCCACAGUUUCCGUAUGUUACUCAGUUUCUCUGAGUUAUAAUACAAACCCGAGCUUAGGGAAUUUUACUAGAUUGGGUCAUAGUGAAGUAAAGAAAAUGGAGAACAGACGUUUAUUGCAGAAUAUUCGCAAACCACCCAAACUCAGCACACCUGUUCUAAUAAUCUCCAAACUCAUCAUGACUGCUCUGCCAAUUGCACAAGUAUCAAUUGGUGCAAUAUAUCUGCAUGAAUGUCAAAAGGAGCCCUAUAUCCCCAUUUAUCUGCUUGUGUCAGGUGUGUUUGCGCUGGUGCUAGGUCUGCUCUCCUGCCUGCCUUGCACCCAAGAGCCAGAAGAUGGCACUCAAUCUCUUCUGAGCAGUCUCUGCACUGCCUGGAAUUCACUGGUGUCACUCUUCCUCUUCUGCUGGUUCAUCGCUGGUAAUUUUUGGAUCUACUCUAUUUACCAGCCUGAUUACAACCCUGGGAUAAAUUAUUGCAAUAAGACAUUGUACCUUUUUGCUUUCUGGACCACCACAUUGGUCUAUAUAUUACUGGGCAUCACCUUCCUAGGGGGUUGCUGUAUGUUCUUAUGCUUGUGUUUGUGUGGAAGGAGUGGAAAUGUGGAUGAUGUAUAAUUGGCAAGGCCAGCAGUCAACACUGAUAUUACUAAUAAUAACAAUGUUGUGCACUUUAGUAGGGCUGUUUAUUCUUCAUUUUGCUCUUAUUUGAUGUAGUGCAACUUACUAGGUCAGUUAUGAGCUUGCACUAUUGAUGAGUGGGAUUAAAAUGUUAAGUAACUCUAUAAAUUCCUGUGUGUAAAUGUAUCUGUAUUGUUGAGCACCAGAGACAUUAAAGACACAAGUUUAUUAA